AUGGCGAGUGCAGCCAUUUACAAUCGUUCGCCGUCGCCGCCACCAGUGGCCAGGAACGACUCCCACCGACAGAGCAUCGCUUCCUCGUCCGUCUCGGGGGCGUCCUACCGCACAGCACCGCUCCUCGCCGGCUCGCACUCGUCGCUCGCCAACAGCAAUUUCACCAACGGCAACAACUCGUCGCACUCGUCCGUGCAUACCGUACAUGCGAACAAGGACACGCCGCGCGACACACCCGCUACGACGACCAACAUGAUAAACCCGAUAUAUGCGCUUGGAGGACAGCAGGAGAUGCAUAUCGUGAAAGUGACGAACGACAAAGUUGAGAUCGAGUCGGGCCCCGUGCCAGACUCGUACCUGGAAAAAGUCGGAAGAGCCGUCCUCCGCACCGUCAAGCCAGACUCGGACCAUGCUGGUUCGCCGCCCCCUCCCCCUCUGCCUUAUCCUCUUCCUCCCAGUGCAGACCAACAACAAAGGGAAGAGGAGCAGCUCGAGACAAAGCCGCCACACCCCCGCAUGCUGGGCCCCCCUUUGCCUGCCCACCAAAACGGCAGUGUCACCCAGCACCAGCAGCGAAGGUCGAGUAUUGAGCCCCCCGCCUCGUCAUUGCCCUCGCAGCUCCCUCUGGUCCCGCCAGAAGCGUUACAACGGUCGUCAACCGACACCAAGGCAUCGUACAGCGGUCUCCGGAACCUCGUCACGUCGUCACCCCCGCAGCAGCAGCCGUCAAUCAACACUAAUGCCGAAGCGUCCUCCUCGACACCGUCUCCGUCACGGGCGAACGGACAUCUCUCCGUGGACGGGUACCUCCAGCCCCCGGUGCUCACCGCUGCGCAGCGGCCUGCCCGACGGAAUACCACGGGAUCGACGCCGCUGAUGUCCAAGCGCGGGGUUGCGGCGCCGGGCGUAGGUGGGAGCGCACACGGGAAAGGCGCCUCGCAGCCGUUUGCGUCUGUGGAUGACAACGCGGUGCUGGGCGAGGGUGGGCUGGAGCUGGCGUCGGAUAUUGAGAUUCAUGCGGAGCGUAUCCGGCGGGAGCGCAUGAGCAAGCGGGCGAAGCAGCAGCAGGAGGCGGAGGCGGCGCUGACGAGGGCCGAGUCGUCUGGCGUCGCUGCCGCGCAGGAUGCGCCCCUCGUGGGGAAUCUUAUCGGCGAGGACCAUGUGAAUUAUGUGCUCAUGUAUAACAUGCUGACAGGCAUUCGGAUCGGCGUUUCUCGAUGCGGCGCAAAGAUCAAGAGGCCGUUGACACCUGAGGAUUUUAUGGCUCGACAUAAGUUUUCUUUUGAUAUCGUUGGAAACGAGCUGACACCGUCUGCAAAAUACGACUUCAAGUUCAAAGACUACGCUCCCUGGGUGUUCCGUUACCUGCGUGAAGACAUCUUCCAUCUCGACCCCGCCGACUACUUACUCUCUCUUACCGCCAAAUACAUCCUCUCCGAACUCGGCUCACCCGGCAAAUCCGGGUCCUUUUUCUACUUCUCGCGCGACUACCGGUUCAUCAUCAAGACCAUCCGGCACUCGGAGCACAAGUUUCUGCUGAGCAUCCUCGAGCGCUACUAUGAACAUGUCAAGGCGAACCCUCACACGCUGCUGAGCCGCUUUUAUGGGCUCCAUCGUGUGAAGCUACCCAGGGGCAGGAAGAUACAUUUCGUGAUUAUGAAUAACCUGUUUCCGGCUCAUAAGGAUGUGCAUGAGACGUAUGAUUUGAAGGGGAGUACGGUGGGGAGGGAGUAUCCCGAGGAGAAGGCUGCAAAGAACCCUCGAGCGGUGCUGAAGGAUCUCAACUGGAUUAAUCGCGGAAAUAUGCUCGAGCUCGGCCCGGAGAAGCGCGCGCUAUUGACAGAGCAGUUAAGGCGGGACGAGGAGUUUUUGAAGAGUAUACAGGUGAUGGAUUAUAGUCUGUUGGUGGGCAUACACAACAUGCAGCGAGGGAACAGGGAGAAUGUGCGGAAGAACACGCUUAAAGUGUUUUCGCCUGAUCUCCCUGAACCACGGCGCAGCAAGGCUUCACAAGCAGGUAGCAAAUCUCCCGAAGCCAUUGCCAUGCGCCGAGCCAUGCGUUCGUCCGACCCAAAACGUCUCGGCAAGCACACCGUGCGCCUUCCAGAAGAAGACACAGGGGACCGCCAGGAAUUCGUGUUUUACCAAGACGAAGGUGGGCUCAGGGCGACGGACGACAACAACGAGCCGAUGAACGUUAUCUAUUAUUUGGGCGUUAUUGAUAUUCUGACGCCGUAUACCUUUGUGAAGAAGCUAGAGCAUUGUUGGAAGGGGAUGAGUGCGGAUCGGCAUAAAAUCAGUCCUGUUCCACCUGUAGAGUAUGGCAAUCGGUUCUUUGCGUUCAUGAAAGCCGUCAUGCGAGGUGGAGAAGGCGGAGAAAAGUUCAAAGAGCACGUAAAAAGGGAGAAAGAGAAGGAGGAAUAA